UACUUUUAAUAGUUUUCAGAUUUAACAAAUUUUCAGAGAUUUGACUUGUGGCGGGAAAGGAAGUGUAAAGAACAAAUAAUAGAAGUCCAAAUUGGUGUUAUCAGUUACUUUUAAAGACAUAUGUAAUGUUUUAAACCGUUGCAGUGGUUGUCAUGCAAUAAUGUCCGAUUCAUCAGAGAAGAAAGACACUAUCAAGAAGCACGUGCGUGCACUGCUCAUUUCUUCGCCUGCCCCACUUACUGUUCAAGAAUUAGAGAGAGAUUUUUACAACUUUAUUGGAGUGCGACUAGCCUAUAGAGAGGUUGGAUAUGCUUCAAUUGAGGAUUUUCUUAGAGAUAUAGAUGAUGCAGUCACUAUCUCUUACAAGAAUGGAGUGAUGGUAUUAAAGGCCAAUGCAGAUGAAACAACCAAACAUAUAGAAAAACUUGUGUCCAAACAGAGAGUUACAAACAAAAAGAAAUAUGCAGUAUAUCGCCGAGGGGGUGGUGGUCCUCCCAGAAUGUACCAGGGAUCUAAUCGAUAUCCCCCAAGGCGUGCAGCUCCAAACCUGGCUCCACCUACGCCUGUUGUAUCACCUUAUGUACGGAGGCAGAUGAAGGAACUUUUCCGAUCAUUUCCACAUGGUGUACCAGUCACACAUUUAGACAGCGCAUUUUCUAGAGUCUAUGGAACAGGCAUUAACUAUCGUAACUUUGGCUUUCAAAAUCAGUACGAGUUUUUGCAGUCAUUAAAAGAUAUAAUAACAGUUGAAGAGUUUGAUAGAGGAGAAUGGCGUGUAUUGCCUGUGGGUUACAACAAAAUUCCUCUCACACAACCUACACAACCAGAAAUUGUCCACAAUGAUAGAAAGACUGACCAUCAGACAACACAACCAGUGCAACAACCUACCUCUUAUAGACAAACACUGGCAAACAACCAGAAAAGACCAUCAAAGGGAAGAGGUCGGAGAAGAGAAAAUUCAGGUGAUAUUGAUGUUACAGUAGGACAAGAUGCACAAAGUGUAUGCUCGACUAACUCCCGCAAUGAGGAGCAGCUGGAGAGAGAAAUACAACAGGUAUUAGAGAAGAAAACAAAUGGAAUUUGGGCCAGUCGUUUCCCAUUUGAAUUUGUAGAGUUACAUGGAAGGCCUCUGGAUUAUAGAGAACAUGGGUAUCUUAGUGUGAUAGACUUCUUAUCUGCCAUGCCAGACAUAGUGCGGACAGUACGACCUAAUCCACAUGGCGACUGGAUGCUGUACGAUGCUAGAUUACCAGAUUCUAACAGUAAAGAAUCGGAGAUGUCUCGAAGCCGACAUUGUAGUGCUAAAGCAAUGGAAACUGAAGUCAAAGAGGCUAUACAGAUUAUUCUCAGCAGUCGACCAUGUGGUAUUCCUGUCAAAGAUUUUCCUGAUGUCUACAAGGAAUAUACCGGCAGAAAAUUAGCAGUGACAGAUCUUGGAUUUGACUCUCCAGAGGACCUAUUCCUGUCCCUUGCUGACUCUAUACUUCAGUUUGCAUACAAUGGCAGUGAAAUGUUGAUGUAUUCCAUGGAUAUUGAGAUCAGAGAAACAGAACAAGAAACUAGUCCUUCAGUAUCACCAACAUUACCUCAAGCAAAUGAUUAUCCUGCAGAUGCAGUAGGUCCUGGUUGUCAUUUUGUACCAGUGAUGUUACCCAAUCCAGAACAAUAUGUAGAACUGUAUGUGACCAAUGUUGUCAAUCCUGGACUGUUCUGGGUUAUGUUACGUCAUAAAACAAAGUCUCUAGCCCUUGAAGCUCUGAUGGACCACCUUGAUGACGUGUAUGAGAAGGACAGAGAAGCAGAUAUGUACAGGAUGCCAGAGAAUUUGAUGGUGCCAGGGCAAGUGUGUGCCACAUUAUUCCCGGAGGAUAACAACUGGCAUAGAGGUGUGAUCACUGGCAGCAAUGAAGAAGGAUUUAUUGAAGUCUACUAUGUGGAUUAUGGCAACACUAAUUUUGUACAGAAAAGUACCAUCAGAUUUCUAAAGAGUGAAUUCCUUACCUUACCAGCACAGGCAGUACAAGCACGACUUGCCAACACACAUCCACCAACAGGUGUUACUGGAAAGUGGAAAAACAAAAGCAGAAGUCGUUUGCUAGAACUGACAUGUCAUCGUCCGUUAGUGGCUUACAUCUGUGAUGUGAAGAGUCAGAAGAUGUCAUUGUGUUUAACUGAUACAAACCAACCAAACGUGGAUGUGCACAUCAAUGAUGUAAUGGUUAGUGAAGGACUGGCCAUUUUUAUACCUGAUGCAGAAUUACAAACACCUACACACCCUAACAAACAUUCCAUGGAACCAGAUUAUGGCCAUGUAUUUGGAUGGAGUACUACAGAUACACCUAGACUGCCUAAAGUAGCACAAGAUUUGUCCCAGUCUGAAUCCAAAGAAGUCGUUGAACAGACACACUGUUAUGUUAAAUGGAUGCAAGUUGACGAGUCAUGUGUCCUUCAUUUAAUCAACUUAAACAGACAAGCUUACAUUGUAUCUGCAGAAAUCUCAGAACUGUUUUGGGAGGAAGAUAUCCUUACAUCCAUGUUGAAGAAAAAGAGGAUGGAGGUAGAAAAGAGAGUUGUUAGCAGUGAUGAGUUUCCGGACCUGUUCCAAGAACUUAUGAAGUACAAGGUAAAGUCUGUGAUGUGUAACGGUGCUACCAAGCAACAAUUUUUAUCUCUAUAUAAACUAGACAGUUUGCCGAAGAUAUUACAAGUGUUUGAGCAUGAAAGUGAGACACUGUUGACAGCUGUACAGGAAUUGAUUAUGAAGUUUGACCCGGACAGUCCAUACUGGAAGAGUGGUGAAGCUGUUGAGGAGAAAUGUGAAGAACCAUUUCAAGAUGAGGACUCCAGUGAACAACCUUUAUCCUUAGAGGGAAAACAAAUGGCUCUGCAAGCUCUCCAGAUUAAAAGAAAGAGGAUAUUACAGUCUAUGAUGAACAACCCUAGCCUGCAGGACGAGGUGGUUAAUCAAUUAAACAACUGUGAGGUGGAAAUUAUGAUGAUUAAACAGGAACUGCAGGAACAACUAUCUACUGGGUCUAAUGGGUCUGCAGAGAAGACUGGUUCCCAGAAAUCGUCAGAACCUUUUAAGAAAGAAUUGCAGGAAACCAGUUCAGAUCAGACUGACAGAGAGACUGAGAACCAGAGAGUUAUACAGAAUAUUAUAGCAUCAUCUUCCAAGCCUAUUGCAGCAGCAAACAUCAUGACAAAACCAGUCACAAGUACAACUGUAACAAAACCUGUAACCAGCCCAAGCCAGUCUAGUAACCAGUCAAAUUUGAAUGAGAUUUUUAUGUCCCAGCCUACAACAGGAAGUCUACCAGGAAUGUUGGGUGCACAGAACAUGGCAUUUAUGCAGCAGCAGCAGAGAAUGUUCAACCCAAUGUUUAUGGCACAAGCCAGUUUACCUCAUACAGGAAUGGGAGAUAUGACUAACUCGAUGAUGGCUGGAAAUCUAGGGCUAGGGGCUGGUUUGAACCCGGGCUUUCAUCCAGGACUUCUACCUCAGUUAAACCCAUUCCUGCUUCCGUUACAAGGUGGACAUGGUGUAAACAUGUCUGAUGUCGCAAACAUGAAUCCAAUGGGGACAGUGCCAUCUGUUGGAAGGGGUCAGCCCCUUAACCCUAGUAGUGUAGGGAUAUUGCCAGGGUUACUACCCUUGCUUCAAAAUAUGUCUGUUGGAAGAGGGGGCAGGGGUUCAAACCAGUGACUAGGAGAAGAAACAGUAUGAACAGUAUGUGGGUAUUCAGUCAGGUAUUGUUUGAGGCUCAAGUGCAAAUAUCAUCAAGUCUUUCCUUGUAUAUAUAAUUUGUUCAGUUAUGUUGGUUUUAUCCUUUUUUGUAUAUUUGCUGUUUUAAAAGCCAUUGUGAUUUUGUUGACAACUUUUGAUUUAGUAGUUGAAGUAUGUUGUCCUUGGUAUAGGCAGUAUAUUAGAAGUUCUAAUACAGAUAUUUCUUUACUUUUAGACAAUUGUUGGAUUUUUUUUUAAUUUCUGUAAACUUUUAUGUUUAGAGCAGAUGUGCUGAUUAAUAAGGUGCUAUUUGGGAGUGCUGUUUAUAUUCUGUUCCAAGUUAUUAUUAUCUGAUGGUAUAGAGAGGUCAUCUAGUGGAAAACAAAAUGGUUCUUACUUUGUUGGAUAUGUACACUGUCAUUACUGUCUGUCAUUAAAUUUGAUUUUAAACUUUUAUAAAAAUUGUUGCAUUUGCUUUGUUCCCUUCAACAGAAACUGGUCAUAAAAAUACAAUGCUUCAGCUAGGAUAAAUGACCAUAUAUGACUGCUAGUUUACCUUGGUAGUUAGAAUCAAGUGUUUGGCAGUGAAGCUCUGUAGUUAGAAUCAGGUGUUUGGCAAUUAAAGUGACAUUAUGCGCAUCUUGCUGCACAUACUGUGUUUUUAUGCCCCGGAAGGGAGGCAUAUUAGUUUUCAACUGUCCAUCCAUUUGUUGGUUCGUCACAACGUUAACUUCUUGCAUGAAUGCACUUUACUCGUGAACCAUUGCACCCAGGACCUUCAAACUUUACAUGCUGAUAGUACUUAUUGAGUACACGACCCCUGCUGACUGUGGCGUUACCAGGUCAAAGGUCAAGGUCACAGGGGCCAAUGUUAACUUUUUGCAUGAAGGCACUUUACUCGCGAACCACUGCACCAAGGACUUUCAAACUUCACGUACUGAUAGUACUUAUUGAGUACACAACCCUUACUGACUUUGGGGUCACCAGGUCAAGGUCACAGGGGCCAAUGUUAACUUUUUGCAUGAAGGCACGUUACUUGCGAACCACUGCACCCAGGACCUUCAGACUUCACAUGCUGAUAGUACUUAUUGAGUACAUGACCCCUACUGGCUUUGGGGUCACCAGGUCAAAGGUCAAGGCACUGCGGGGGCAUUUGUCACCAUUAGUGACAACUCUUGUUGGUUAAUGUUUUAUAAAAGCAGUUUUCAGUUGCUGUGCAUUUAAAUGUGUUUAACUAUAAUGCCACAUUAGUAUUUAUACCCCCA